CUUCAGAUUGGCACGUUAUAUAUCCUGCUCUGGGAUUUCUGCAUCAAGCUCACCCUCUCAUGAUGAUGCCUGUGGCAAUCCCAGCAGUGGUACUGUAGUCCAGAUUUGCAGCCUAUGCAGAGAUCAAGCUUUUUCUCAGUCCUUGGGAAACAUUGAACUUUCAAAGCAGAGGAAAGGGAGCUUGACAGAGUCCCUUCCAGCCUGGUGAUGUAUGGUGUGAUUCAACAGGAGUUUUUGGACCAGAAAAAUGAAUCCCAUGGGAAUUGCAGAAGUGUUGCACGAGGGCAGCGUUUCCAGUGAAGUGAGGAAUGUCACUAUCCAGGCAUGUGUCCAGGCCCCUGCAUUUGCUGAGAAGAAAAAUGUUUUACAGUUGCGGCUGCAGCAGCGAAGAAGCAGAGAACAGCUCACCAACCAGGGAAUCAUGCCACCUCUGAAAAGCCCCUCUUCCUUUCAUGAGCAAAAGAAGAGCUUGGAGAGAGCCAAGGCUGAAGAUUUUUUAAAGCACAAGAUCCGGAACAGAUCUGAGCACUCCGAACUGGUUGAUAUGCACAUUUUAAAGGAUUCAGCUGCAGAAGAGUCAAUUCAAGCUACUCAGAUGAAACUGAAAAGAGCCCGUCUUGCAGACAAUCUGAAUGAAAAGAUUGCUCUUAGGCCAGGUCCUUUGGAGCUGGUGGAGAAGAAUAUCAUUCCUGUGGACUCUGCUGUGAAGGAGGCUAUCAAAGGUACUCAGAAGAACUUCUCCAAAUCUUCGGAUGCCUUUGCUUUUGAAGAAGACAGCAGCAAUGAUGGGAUGUCCCCAGAGCAGGUCCGGAGUGAGGAUUCCCCAGGGUCCACAGAGUCAGCAGCAGGAACCAAAAUUUCAGAAGCAGCGUUCCCCUCAGCAGCGGGGUCAACUCAGGGAAAUCCCUGUAGCUCUGAAAACAAUGCUUCUGAUUCAACAUCUCUUCAGAACAGCCAGCCAGAAAGUCCAAAACAGCUGAAUGGGCAACAGACAUCUCCUGUCACUAUGUCCUCAUCUGCAAAGUCCAAGCCAACAAGUGACAGCAAGAAUCGGCACAAAAAGCCCAAGGAGAUGAAGCCCAAAGUGAAGAAACUAAAGUACCACCAGUACAUUCCCCCAGACCAAAAAGCGGAGAAGUCUCCCCCUCCUAUGGACUCGGCCUAUGCUAGGCUCCUGCAGCAGCAGCAACUUUUCCUCCAGCUCCAGAUCCUCAGCCAGCAACAGCAGCACCGACACCAGCAGCAUUUCAACUAUCCUGGGUCACAUUCCACUUCGCUGAAGCAAACAAAUGAGCAGAUGACCAAAACUUCCAGCUCUUCCCCAGCAGCAGUCACGAACCACAGCCUUUCUCCUGUGAAGGGAACCUUUUCAGGACAAUCCUGCAUUUCGUCUCUCAAACCAGGUCCUCUUCCAUCCAAUCUAGAUGACUUAAAAGUGUCGGAGCUAAGGCAGCAGUUGCGAAUAAGGGGCCUUCCAGUAUCAGGUACAAAAACAGCCCUGAUGGAACGUCUGCGGCCUUUCCAAGAGUGCAGUGGGGGUUCGGUGCCCAGCUUCAGUGAAAUAACUACUGUCACCUUCCCAGUGACCCCAGCUAGCUCUCUCUCCAGCUACCAGUCACAGUCUUCCACCAGUCUGUUGUCCAAUGGCUUUUACCACUUUGGAAGCACCAGCUCUACUCCACCCAUUUCCCCAGCAUCCUCUGACCUGUCAGUGAAUGGCUCAUUGCCAGACAGUUUCAAUGAGGGACCAAUGUCUUCCCCGCAGUUUGUCUUGCACCCUUCUCCUGCGCAAGGGGGGUGCGAAGAGAGCCUGAUGGGAAGUGUCAAUGGAGCUGGCAUCCAGCUUGAUGUGGAAAGGGUUGACACAGAAAAAGACAAGAUGCUGGUGGAAAAACAGAAAGUUAUCAAUGAGCUAACCUGGAAAUUGCAGCAAGAGCAGAGGCAGGUGGAGGAGUUGAGGAUGCAGCUCCAAAAGCGCAAAAGGAGCCAUGGAGUGGAGGAGAAGCAGACCACAUCCCAUUUCUUUGGCUUUCCAAUCAAACAAGAAAACGCAGUGUCCAGCUGCCCCUUUGCCGCCAAGCAUGUUGCCUUGAAAGGCCAGGCCAGCAGCUCUGACACACUAAGUAACUGUGGGACAGCAUCUCAGCUGACCCACCUUGGAAAUAGCCAUUGCAUGGAAACUUCGGGACAAAAUGGCAUACUGUCCUCCACAUUCCUGAGCCCACAGUGCUCUCCCCAGCACUCGCCAUUAGAGGCAGCAAAGAGCCCACAGCACAUCAGCCUCCCUCCUUCGCCCAACAGCCACUACCUUCUCUCUGCAUCUCCUAGCACUCAGGCAGAAGGACACAGUUCUCCACAACCCAGCAAUCGUCUGUGCACAGCUCCGGUACCUACACAAGGAGGCCAGAAGUAUCCUAUCCUGUCCCCCAGCUUUUGUAAGUCAAGCAUUCCCCUCCCAGAGGGAAAGCAGCCACCUCCAUAUGCUGAUGCUGUGAAACAGCAGUUGACCCGAAGUCAGCAAAUGGAUGAGCUGUUGGAUGUGCUUAUCGAAACUGGAGAAAUGCCUGCAAAUGCCAGGGAAGACCGUCCUUGCCUUCAGAAGGUGCCUCAAAUAACUGUGUCUUCAGGGACCCCUGGAACAUCCUCCUUACUCAAGGCAUCUGCUUCGUUUGAACAAGGUGCCUCAAGUCAGCUUCCUUUUGAACACUGCUCUGGAAGCAAUGAUAGUCAUCUGGAAAUCUUAUUGAAUUCCCACAGUCCUCUGGGCCGAUCGAGUGAAAUGCCCCUCUUGAAGGUGGGUGGUGAGGAACCUCACUUUGAAGGGGUGUUAGAAGGAUUUUCUAGCAAAGCUGCAGAGGACCUCCUGACACCCCAUGAGAUCCUGCCAACUCCCCUCUCCCCCAUGGAGACUCAGUUGUCUCCUUCUUCUGGUGAAGGAUCAGCUUUGCACAUGAGCUUCACAGAGUCUCCUUGGGAAACAAUGGAAUGGCUGGACCUUACUCCACCGAGCUCAGCCAAUGGUUUUGGUUCCCUCACCACCACAGGGCCAAGCAUCUUCAACAUUGAUUUCUUAGAUGUUACUGAUCUCAACUUGAACAGCACCAUGGAUCUGCACCUACAACAGUGGUGAACUGAAUAACCUUUAUGAAUAGGAAUGCAGCCAACUACCAAAAAAGAUCCCAUUUGAGGGGUUAUAAGAGCUCUGGUGUCAUUGAGGGAAAAGAAACUGGAGUCACUUUUCCCAGAGCAUGAUAAAUGGUUUCACCAAAGAAUUGUCCCCACAUACCUAAACCUAAACCAAACCAAACCAGUUCUGCACCCUUAGCAUGAAAUUUUUCUCCUCCUUUUCACUGACAAUUUCCAGCAAACAUAGGUGACUUCUAAAUCUCUUCCAAGGAAGAAUAUCUCUGCACUAGUUUAUUUGGUAUGUACCUGUCAGUAUUAUCCCUGUCCUACAUGGUAGCCAUUACCAAGUUGUUGUUCUAUAUUGCCCUAUUGCUUUGUCUAUCCAACAAUUUCAUCCCUUGUGUUGGGAACCAUCACCAUCUGGGAACCAUCACUUUUUAUUAGCAUCCAUUUAAAAAGCUUUCUAAGGACUAUCAGACCAGCAACUGCCAAGCUCUUAGUAGCUUUGCCACAGCUCAAAUGACUUUCAGGGCCAAGGCUGGGCAUCACACAACUCACAAUAGCAGCCUGUCACCAGCAUCCAUGCCUCUAUUGAUGGACUGCUCCUUUCCCUCCGUCAUUUCAGGAAGAGAGGCAGAUACUCAACCUUUUGAAAUUCAGCAGCAAUAAUAACAGCAAUAGCAUAUCCUGCAACAGAGUAGACCAGGUCUACUCAGCCUGUGGUUCUCUUGAUGUUUUGGACUUCAGUUCCCAGAAUUCCUGACUAUUGGACAAGCUGACCCAAAUAUAUGGAGGGCCACAGGUUGGGGUGCAUGCCUUUACUUCAGUUCUUGCUCUAAGGUUUCUGAAUAUUUUCUUAAUCCUGCCCUUUGUUUUCCUAUUUUCAAAAGCUGUUGGAAGAAAACUAAAACAGAAUAACCUUUUUUGGUAUUGGAAAAAAAUCCAGAGAAAAAGUGAAGGAGUACAGAAAUUAGAAAGUAGAUUGGAAACCGGAGGGAGGUGGAUCAAGACCUCAUGAAAUUUCAUUUCCUUUACUAAGUACACUGUUCACAUCUUUAAUUAACUAAACUAAAAAUAUAGAAACAUGUUACUAAACUAAAAAUAUAGAAACAUGCAACUUUGCAAUAACUAGCAAAAUUCCAUCAAUACUGAAAUAUUUUGUUUGAUAUUUUGACCAUGAUCAUUCCUUAUGAAUAUUAAGAAAGUAUGAUUAUUCCAGAAAAAUCUAUUUCGAUUUGGUUCCCAUUGUUUUAUGUGUGCACACCAAGUAAUUUUAUUCAAUUUAUCUAACUCCCAAUGUUUAACAUACCAUUUUUUGAGAGACAUCUUUCAUUUUCUUCAUCUUUCGUAUAUUAUUCUUGCUGCCAAUGGCAUAUGAAAAAGGUCUGUUCUUUUGGCACUAUUGACGGAGUUCAGAAUUGCAGUUAUGAAUCUGUAAUCUGGAGUUGCAUGUGCACAACUGACCCGUGUUCUCAAUAUCUUUAUUUUCAUUUUUGUAGGGAAUACACAGGAAUCAUAGAAGUCCUGACUUACCAGGCAGCUGCUACUGUGAGCAAUGGGAGGUCUAUUCUCCUGUCAAUCAAUUUGCAGCAGGUUAAGAUUCCCAUUUUCUUCCUGCAAGCAAUUUGUGGUAGGAGUACAAAUUUUGGCAGUGAUCUUGUUUUUGACUGUUACAUCCAAGAUCACUGGAGGGAGAGGAGGUGGGAACGUCAGUCUCAUGCAUCCUGAUCAGGAGGAGAAUAGACUCCCAUUGCUCACAGUAGCUACUGCCAAUUAAAUCAGGAUUGAGGGAGUCAGGGUGGGAGACACCAAUUAGCUAAAAUUCUUCAACAAUUUGAUUCACUUAAUUCAUUACUAUAGGGCAAUUCCCUCAGCAACGCAAAAAAAAAAAAACCCUUUAAAACCCCCCUACAAUCCUACCAGGGCAAGAGGACGGCCAUUUAAAUAGUAGAUUGCAUGUCACUUCCAACUCAUGAUAGCCAUGGGAGGAAGUAGGAGUUAGCUUUGCUGGGCUGAUGUAGGUGAGAUGUUUGGUAUGUUUUGACCUAUUAUUUUUGAAAAUAUGAAAAUAUUUCCUCAUGUUUCUUAUACUCUUAAGCAUUGUUAUUCUUCAAUCAAAUAAUGGAAUGUAUAUUAUACCAAGUCCAGCUGCAUGAGUACUGCUAGAAGCAUCUUUAUUUUUUCUAAGUUAAAGGUGUAAGAUACCAAAGCAGAUGGAUUGGGGAAUUAUAUAAGGGUUCCUGGCAUUCCAUAUAUCUACAAUACUGUUAGUUUUACAUUAUCUCUUUUCUCUAGUACAUGUCCAUAAAAGUGCCUUUAAUGUCAAUUUAAUGAGCCUUUGCUCAUGGGUAUUGACAAUGUCUAGAGCCACUUGCAACACCAACCAUGAAUCUUUGCUAGGAGCAUGGAAUGGACCACCAUUGAUAUGGAUAAGAAGGGAAGACUGAAAGAGAUGGAAGUUCUAUGCUUGGAGAUCUGUCCAUUGUACUAUCAGCAUUGAAAGAUUGUACUAUUAGCAUUGAAUCCUUGCUGAAAGCCGGUCUGAGUCCCUUUACGGAGGUUGAGAAGAUCGGGAUAUAAAAGUUUUAAUAAAUAAAUAAAUAAAUAAAUAAAUAAAUAAAUAAAUAGGUGUGGGGUCAGGCAGGUCCCCACAAAGGAAGGAAAACGUACUUGACUUCAAGCAGGUGGACUUGUUUUCCCUCCACCACCAGCAGUUUCUAUCCUUGCCACUGAGUCUUGAAAAUGGCAGUUUCCUGGCCAAAGAGACUUCCUUUUCUACCUCCAUAGUACUGUUCUUCCAAAUAUAUGCCAAAGUCAGGUGAUGUCAAAUCAGGUAAUGGGUUCAUUGUUUUCAGACAUUCUACUAUCCCUUCAGUGUUUUUUUU